UUAGGGUUCUUCGUUUCUUCCAUGGCGGAUCCGGCUUCCGUGGCGCAAAUCAUCGAUGGGAAGGCAAUCGCGAAGGCGAUUCAUCAAGAGAUCGCGGAGGAAGUCGCUCAGCUCAAGGAACAGCACGGCAAGGUCCCUGGAUUGGCUGUGGUUAUAGUGGGCGAGCGAAAGGAUUCGCAGACUUAUGUGAGAAUGAAGAGGAAGGCCUGUGCUGAGGUUGGAAUUAAUUCCAUCAAUGUGGAUCUUCCGGAGAACAUCUCUCAGGAAGAGCUCCUGGAUCAAGUUCUAGAGCUAAACGAGAAUCCUGACGUCCAUGGGAUUCUCGUCCAGCUUCCACUUCCCAAGCACAUCAACGAGGAAGCCAUCCUCAACGCCGUAGGCCUCGACAAGGACGUGGAUGGCUUCCAUCCUUUAAACAUUGGAAAGCUUUGCAUGAAAGGAAGAGAGCCAUCGUCCAUUCCAUGCACUCCCAAGGGGUGCAUCGAGCUUCUCAAGAGGAGCAAAAUCCCGAUUGAGAAGAAGAAAGCUGUUGUUGUUGGUCGUAGCAACAUCGUUGGAAUGCCUGCUGCGUUGCUCUUGAUGAAGAACGACGCUACCGUCACUGUGGUUCACUCGAGAACACCCGAACCGCAAGAUAUUGUAAAGGAGGCUGACAUCGUUAUUGCAGCAGCUGGCCAGCCACAAAUGAUUAAAAGAGACUGGAUAAAACCCGGUGCUGCGGUUAUCGAUGUUGGGACAAAUGCCGUGAGUGAUCCAUCGAAGAAACUCGGCUAUAGAAUUGUCGGUGAUGUGGAUUUUGAGGAAGUGAAAACUGUUGCUGGCUGGAUUAGUCCGGUUCCAGGAGGUGUUGGUCCCAUGACCAUAGCAAUGCUGCUACGUAACACCGUCGACUGUGCGAAGGCAGCCUUUGCAAGUGGUGCCUGAUCACAGAAGAAGGAACUGGAUCUUUCCAGCAAUAAUCUCAUGAAAGUUCUUGUAUCGGCUA